AUGAUGGACGGACAUCACGAUACCACGGGAUUCAAUUGCAAACGAUGCAAUCUUCCGGAUUCAGCGGACAACCACAUGGUUGCAUGUGAUAAGUGUCACGAGUGGGAACAUUUUAAAUGUGCCGGCGUAGAUGAGAAAAUCAAAGAUAAACCGUAUUCCUGCCGGAAAUGUUCCGUUCAAGAAAAUUCCACGCUAUUGAAACCAACGGCGGAGAAAAAAGGUGCCUCAAAAGGAACAAGCAGUAAGGCUGCAUCGAAGCGCAGUAAAAAACCUGUACCGGCUGAUCCUGCACCGAGUGUUACUUCCAGUGUCCGUGCGGCGAUGGAAUUGGAGCUAAAGCUGAUAGAGGAAGAAUGCCAGCUGAGGGAGAAAGAGCUCAAUGAACAGGAAGAGCUACAAAAAUUGAAAUUGGAGGAAGAACAGCGACAGCUGGAGGAACAGCGUGAAUUGCUGAAAAAGGAAGCUGCGUUACGUGAACGCAAAUUACAAGAAUCUGCAAUAAUCAAGGCAAAGCAACAGUUAAUUCGGCAGAAAUCAAUCGAAAAAAAGCGUGAACUUAUGCAGCGGCUUGGUUCAAGUAGCAGUCAGAUGGAUGCGGAACUCGGUAGCGCGAAAUUGGUAGAAAAUUGGCUGAAAGGGCUUCCCCCUACAGAUGAAUCCGCUAUUAGCUCGGUGAGCGGCAAUGAACGUAGUCGUCUAGACAGUCUGCUAGUUCCCGAGGACAGGCCAAAAUCUGUAGAACCAACCGUACCGUCUUCAGACGCUGUCGUCUCAACCCCCGCAGCUGUGUUCUCUUCCGCUGCUAGUGCAGACUGUGCCAGUGCAUUUGUUGUACCGCCGAAGCGUAAUGAACAAACAACAGAUGGCACUGUAUAUACUCCCGGCAAAGUCGAACUUCAAUCGGGAAACAAGUUUUAUGUAAGUCCACAGCAAAUCGCAGCGCGUCAAGUGAUCGGAAAAGAUCUGCCAGCAUUCGGCGGUAACCCCGAGGAAUGGCCGGCUUUUAUUAGUUGCUUCGAUCAAACAACAGCUGCUUGUGGGUACACACAUAUUGAAAAUCUUAAUCGCCUUCAACGAGCGUUAUACGGUCAUGCAAAAGAUACGGUGCGAAAUCAGCUGUUUCUUCCUGAAUGUGUACCGCACGUCAUCAAAUCGUUGGAGAAAAUGUACGGCAGACCGGAACUUCUAAUUCGUACGCUGUUGGAGAAAAUUCGUGGUCUUCAACCUCCGAAACAUGAAAAGUUAGAAACACUGAUGGAGUUUGGGAUAGCAGUUAGGAAUUUCGUUGGUCAUCUUAAAGCAGCGCGACAGGAUGCACAUCUCACGAAUCCGUCAUUGAUGCAGGAGCUGGUGGAGAAAUUACCGGGGCAACUAAAGCUAGAUUGGGCUAUUUUCAAAAGCCAAUAUCAAACAGUCACACUCACUACUUUUGGCGAGUUUACGGAUAAACUAGUGGAUGCUGCCACGGAAGUAACUUAUGACUUGCCGUGUUUCAGAAGGCCACCCAAAAUUGAAAAACAAAAGGUGAAGGAGAAAGUUUUUGUACAAGCGCAUUCAACGGACUCAUCGGCGAAUCGAGAUAGCAAACAGCAGCAUGGCAAAACGUGCGCGAUGUGUAAUCUUCAAGGACAUCGGAUAAUAGAAUGUCAUCGGUUCAAAUCACUUUGCGUAAGCGAAAGGGUAAACGUUAUUCAACAAAAAGGUUUGUGUAAGACUUGUCUUAACAAUCACGGGAAAUGGCCCUGCAAGUCCUGGAAAGGCUGUGCGGUAGAAGGCUGUCGGGAACGCCAUAACACACUUCUCCAUCCUGCGCCGUCUGUGAACGUUUCGGCAAGUCAUGUCGGCAAGGGUGCGCAACAAAUUCCACUGUUCCGUAUCAUUCCAGUAGUGCUUUUCGGUAAAGACCGAUCGCAAACAGUAUUUGCGUUUAUCGACGAAGGAUCUUCAAUUACAUUACUAGAAGAAUCUGUCGCUAACCAGUUGGGAAUCGCAGGAAAACCAGAACCGCUGACACUCCAGUGGACUGGAAACAUGACGCGCGUCGAGCAGAACUCACAGCAGGUGAAAAUGGAAAUAACAAGUAAACAAAACGAAUUACGGCGAAGAUCAUUUCAAGCUCGUACAGUUAGUUGUUUGGUUCUUCCGUCUCAAUCGAUGUGCUACCGAGAAUUGUCACAACAGUUUCCUCAUCUUCGAGGACUUCCAAUGGAAGAUUAUGAGCUGGUUCAGCCAAAAUUGCUCAUCGGAUUAGACAAUCUGAACUUAACGGUGCCGCUUAAGCUACGCGAAGGGAAAAAUAGCGAACCAGUAGCAGUCAAAUGCCGACUUGGUUGGAGUAUCUAUGGUUGUGGAUCAUCUAAGCCGAUUCAACGGUCAAUCGUCAAUUUGCACGUCAGUGCAUCUCCAGAUCCAGAUCGGUUGCUGAACGACCAGCUUCGCGAAUACUUCGCAAUCGAGAAUUCAGGAAUCGCUAUCCCGAUCGAAAAACUUGAGUCAAAGGAAGACAAUAGAGCGAGGCGAAUUCUUACUGAAACAACGCGUCGCACGGGAAAUCGUUUUGAAACCGGUUUACUUUGGCGGUCUGACGAGCCGAACUUUCCUGACAGUUUUCCGAUGGCGAUUCGGCGUCUUCGAGCGUUGGAACGAAAAUUACAGAAUGAUCCGGCGAUGAGUAAGCGUGUCAGCAGUCAAAUAGCUGAAUACUUACAAAAGGGGUAUGCCCAUAAGGCCUCCGAAGAAGAACUGCGUGGCGUAGAUGCGAAACGCAUCUGGUAUUUGCCGCUCGGAAUCGUCAUCAAUCCGAAGAAACCAUCGAAAGUACGUCUUGUUUGGGACGCGUCAGCGAAGGUGGAGGGAGUUUCGUUCAACUCAAGCUUACUAAAAGGACCCGAUCUUCUAACUCCACUUCCAAAAGUUCUCAGUCGUUUUCGUCAGUUUCCGGUGGCCGUCAGCGGAGACAUUAGAGAAAUGUUUCACCAGAUCAAAAUCCGUCAUCCCGAUUCUCAAUCUCAGCGUUUUCUCUGGAGAGAUUCCCCGUCAGAUAAUCCAACGGUGUACAUAAUGGACGUAUGCACGUUUGGAUCGACCUGCUCGCCGACAUCAGCGCAACACGUGAAAAAUACAAACGCUCGAGAGUACGAAGAGAAAUUCCCGCGCGCAUGUGAAGUAAUUUUAAAUAGCCACUACGUGGACGAUCUGCCGGAAAGCUUUCGCACAGUUAAGGAACCAUUCGAUGUCAUAAACGACGUGAAGACUGUACAUUCGCUGGGCGGGUUCGAGAUAAGAAAUUUUCUGUCCAACAAGGUAGAGGUAUUGCAAGGCAUCGGCGAAAUCUCGGCUAGUGCAACGAAAGAUCUACUACUGGAGCGCGAGAGUACAACGGAAUCUGUCCUGGGUAUGAGAUGGAUCCCGUCAGAAGACAUGUUCACGUACACGUUCGUCCCCCGAAGUGACUUGCAGUCAAUUCUUGCCGAUGGUUAUAUUCCAACAAAACGCGAAGUGUUAAAGGUGGUCAUGAGCUUGUUUGACCCUUUAGGGCUGUUAGCGAUUUUUCUCGUCCAUGGCAAGGUCUUAAUACAGGACUGCUGGGCGGCUGGGUUGGCCUGGGACGAUCCAAUAAAUGAAGAUCUCUGUGAACGUUGGCGACGAUGGACGAAAUUCUUUCCAUCUUUAGACACACUGCGAAUUCCACGUUGUUAUUUUCGAUCUCCACCGGCGGACGAUACAAGUUCUCUUCAGCUUCACGUUUUCGUCGACGCCAGUGAAGUCGCAUGUUCGUGCGUAGCUUAUUUCCGCCUACAGAUCAGAAGCGACAUUCAAAUAGCUUUAGUAGCCGCUAAGACAAAAAUUGCUCCUCUUAAAACGCUCUCUAUCCCGAAGCUGGAACUGAAAGCCGCUGUAUUAGGCGUUCGACUGUUGGAAUUCGUGCAAAGCUCACACUCGUAUUCGAUCAAAGAAAGAUUUCUCUGGAGUGCUUCAUCUACCGUUCUUGCGUGGAUCCAGUCCGACCACCGCCGAUAUCCCAAGUUUGUGGCCGUUCGGGUUGGAGAAAUACUGAUGGCAAGCGACCAGCGCGAAUGGAGAUGGCUGCCUUCCAAGAUGAAUAUUGCCGAUGCGGCCACCAAAUGGAAAUCUGAUCCCGAUCUGGGGCAUACAAGUUCCUGGUUUGCGGGACCGAACUUUCUACGGGAAAAAGAAGAAACCUGGCCUGGACAGCGACGAUUUACAACCACUUUGGCAGAAGUUAAAGCAUCUAUGGUACAUACGACUUUCGAUCCUAUGUUGGAUGUUACUCGUUUUGGUAGUUGGACAAAAUUACUGCGAACAACAGCCUACGUUUUGCGUUUCAUCGGAAACCUGCGCCGGAAGAAAGCUAGAAUUGCUCUGGAGAUGCACAUCUUCACUCAAGAAGAAUUGAAGAAGGCGGAAGAAAUCCUAUGGAAGCUGGCUCAACAAGAAUCGUUUUCGACAGAGGUUCAUGUUCUACGAAGUACACAAGGACCCCCGGAAGCUCGUCAUGCUGUUGUAGCCAAAUCGAGCCCCCUGUACGGUAUGUGGCCCUUUAUGGACGAGAAGGGAGUCGUUCGAAAACGUGGCAGAAUUGGUGCAGCACCAUUUGCACCAUUCGAAGCUAAGUUUCCAGUUAUUUUGCCCAAACAGCACCUUAUCUCAUCUCUAAUUGUAGACUGGUAUCAUCGCCGUUUCCGCCAUGCCAACCGAGAAACCAUCGUUAACGAAAUGCGACAGCGUUUCGAGAUCCCGAGACUACGAGAACUGAUUAAAAGAGUGACGAACAACUGUGUCUGGUGUCGCGUCGCAAAAGCAACGCCAAAACCUCCGCCGAUGGCUUCUCUUCCGGCAAUCCGUUUGACACCAUUCGUAAAACCUUUCUCCUUUGUUGGUCUGGACUACUUCGGGCCAGUGUUGGUAAAAGUCGGUAGAAACCAGGUUAAGCGCUGGGUAGCUUUAUUCACCUGCCUUACCGUGCGAGCAGUGCACCUCGAGGUGGUCUACAGUCUCACAACCGAGGCUUGUAUCAUGGCGGUGAGACGUUUCAUCUCUCGAAGAGAUCCUCCGGCAGAGUUCCAUUCGGAUAACGGAACGUGUUUUGUAGGCGCUAACAAUAUCCUGAAAAGGGAAAUCGAGAUGCGCAAUCAAGCUCUCGCAGAAACUUUCACGAAUGCUGAGACAAGGUGGAGAUUCACCCCACCCGCUACGCCACACAUGGGCGGCGUAUGGGAGCGGUUAGUUCGCUCGGUUAAAACGGCGAUCGGUACGUUGUUAGAUGCACCACGCAAACCCGAUGAUGAAACGUUACUCACGAUUCUAUGCGAAGCUGAAAUGAUGAUCAACAGUAGACCUCUCACUUACGUGCCACUAGAAUCUGCGGAACAAGAAGCUCUAACGCCAAAUCACUUCUUGUUAGGAAGCUCGAACGGGAAGAAGGUUCUUCCGACUGUACCAGUAGAUCGUGGAGAGACACUCCGUAGCAGCUGGAACCUAGCGCGACAUUUGUGCGACGAGUUUUGGAAGCGCUGGGUGAAAGAAUACUUGCCGGUGAUUACGCGUCGGUGUAAAUGGUUCGACGAAGUAAAGGAUAUUGCAGUAGGAGACCUAGUUGUGGUGGUGAGCGGAACGGCGAGAAACCAGUGGGUGCGUGGGCGUGUAAUCGAUGUGGUUCCCGGACAGGAUGGCCGUGUUCGUCAAGCUUGGGUUCAAACACCGACAGGUGUACUCAAGCGAGCGGUAGUGAACUUGGCGGUAUUGGACGUCAUGAAGAAAGGUAAAUCUUCAUGUCUCGAGUCUUCAGAAGAGAACCAUCACCAGGAUUUACGGGCGGGGGAUUGUGACGGUGGACCCUCCGUUACUUCGUCGCUUGGUGACUGCAGCAAGUAA